UUGGAGAAACUACUUGUGAAGUGUUAGAUUUUAGGAUAAGAAUCCCAUUUCAAAACCAAUUGGCAAUUAGAGGAGUAACUCAUGAUCUUAUAUAUUUUAUUAGCUUUCCACAUUUUAGCAAUGUGAGACUAUCUAACACAAACAAAUUUUUUUCCGAAUCUUGCAUGUGUAGUUUUUUAAGUCCUAAUACAAAUGAUGUUAUUAAUCUCACAUCUGUAGACGCUGCAUGUGCCUUCAUCAUAUGGUGAACUUUACAUCCUUAAAAUCUUAGAAUAUACCGAAAGAUCCAGUCAGUUUGAUUUCCCAUUCAACCAAUCCUAAUGGUCAAUGAAUUUUGAAGUCAUUGCAGAUUUUACUUAUCUUAAUUCUAAUGACUGGUGGAAUUUAGUGGAACAAGUUCCUCCUUUCUUAAUACACAAAGUCCAUUUCUUAAGGUUUAGACUUGACUUUCAGCCCGUGCUGUCUUGAAGUUGAGCUUGCAAUUAUAUUUUUCUAAAGGUCCUUAUAUGACAUUGGAAUGUUUGAAAUCUUAUGAUCAGAGUUGAAUAAUAUGGUUUUAUUUCUCUUUUUUGAGAGGACCUGAUGAUAGGGUAAUUCUGUAAUUGCAAUAAACACACUUAUAUAUAUGUAAACUUAAUGUAUAUAUAUAUGUUGAGUAUCAUAUCUUGGUAGUAAUCUAAUUUGUACCAUUUGUAAUCUUCUAAUUUGUUUCAUUCCUAAUGUUCAGUACUAAAAUUUUUCCUCUUGUAUUUUUCAUAAACACUUACAAAACUACUUUGAUAUCUAUUUGAUUUCUUCAUGUUCAUAAGGAUUGGGAUUAUUGUAUUGUCCUUUAACCAGUGUUUCGGCCAAUAAUGUGAGUAUGUUGAUAAUGGGAUUGUAGCUUGAAUAAAUGCGUGUUAGGAUCCCACAUUGACUAUGUAUAAGAUUGGUUAGUAGUACCCGGUUAGCUCAUACUUGGGCACCUCCCCUUUAGGUUAGUUUUUGGGAGUGAGUUCUAGUUAAGUGGUUGAAUCAAGUGGUAUUAAAGUCAUGCACCGUCAAGUGGGACUGAUGUUGCAGAAGGGGCAACCUGCAGAUUAAGCCCAAAGUAGGCUAUGGCAGAGUAAGCCAUCGUAGAGUAGGUUGACGUGGACUGUUGGCUCGAAGGGUGGUGUAUUGAUAGGGUCCCAUAUUGACUAAGUAUGGGAUUGAUUAGUAGUAUAUAACUACUUGGGCAUCCUCCUCUCUUAAGAUUGUUUUUGGGAGUGAGUGCUACACAAGUGGUUGUAUCAAUCUAUUAUUUUUUUUUUCUUUGAAAGGACUUCCUAACCUUGUCUUCUAUUUGUAUUCUAUGCAACUGUUUUCUAUCAUUAGAAAGUUGAAAGAUAUCCUUUGGCUUUGCUGAAUUUCUUGAAUGAGCAUGGCCCUUGAACUGAUCAUUUGGGAUUGAUGAUCUUUACUCAUAAUGAAAUCAUCAUAGCCAUACCAAUUCUUUUCGUUCUAUCGUGAUAUUAAUGUUUAUUUAUUAGAUUAGAAAGUAGAACUAAAUGAAAGUGUACAUUAGUUGGUGAGAAAUUCUUUGAGAAAGAAAGAGUGUCAAUAACAGGAAGACAUGAAAAGUUCAACCAACAAGAAGAUGUUUAAUAUAAAAACGUCUUCUUGUCGGGGACUGAGGCACGAGGAUCCACUUUCACCCUUCUUGUUUACACUAAUGGCGGAUGUGCUUGGAAGAAUGGUGAACAAAGCAGUAGAUUCAGGCUUUUUAUGUUGUUUUUUGGUUGCUAAAGACAAGAUUCUGGUCAGCCACCUACAAUUUGCUGAUGAUACUCUUUUUCUUUGUUAAUGACGAAGCGUUGCUUCAGAGGUUGGCAAGGUUAGUUGAGGCCUUCUGUGAGAUAUCGAUUUAAAAGUUUACCUGAGCAAAAGUCAAUUGUUGGGAUUAUGUAUGAAUGAGCAAGUGGUUGCUCAUUUUUCUUUCUCAAUAGGUUGUGAAGUGGGUGAGUGGCCGUUGAAGUAUCUUGGUAUGCCUUUGGGGGUGUUUGCCUACGAAAGGUUUGUUUUGGGAACCUGUGUGUUGGAAAAGUGUGCUAGAAGGCUUGGGUGGAAUUGCUCAUUUUUAUCUAGGGGAGGAUGUUUAACGCUUAUCGAGUCAGUUCUCCUCUCUCCCCAUUUACUAUCUAUUUUUGUUUAAAGCUCCAAAGGCAAUCAUCAAGGCCAUGGAGAAAAUGAUGGGAGACUUUCUUUGGGAAGGUGGAGAUGUGUCAGAAGGUGAUCACUUGUUGGCUUGGGAGGAGUGUAGACCACGAGACGAGGGGGGAUUGAGAUUGGGAGAUUGGACAUGAGAAACAAAGCAAUAACUUGUGGGACUUUAGAAAAGGUGAACGAUUAUCUCGAAAAGGGCUACCGAGAGACUAUUCAGAUUUAUAUGAUGAAUUCAAGUCACUGGUCAAAUUUAAAGUUGGAGAAGGGAAUUAAAUCAAGUUUUGGGAAGAUGUGUGGCUUGGGGAUGCUUCCUUAUUGUGCUCAUUCCCGAAUUUAGUUGUGAUUUUCAUAGCUAAGAAUGAGUGUAUAAGCGAGUUAGGCUUCGUAGAAGGGGCUGGAAGUGGCAGAGUUUCAAGUUGGAACUUCAAAUUUAGAAGGAAUCUUACAGAUAGGGAGGUUCCUAGUCUCAUUGAGUUGUUAAAACAACUGGAAUAUGUAAGCUUGAUCAGUAUGGUGGACGAUUGUAGACUUUGGAGGCCAUAUUCGGAGGGUAUAUUCUCUUGUAAAUCAACUUUUAGUUGGUUUACGUCAAACCAUAACCACAGUGGCUUGUUUUGGACUAAGACGUUGUGGAAAUGUUGCAUUUCUAUAAAGGUCAAAGUCUUUGGGUGGUUGGUGGUGCUAGGGAAAGAGAAUGUCCAUGAUAAAAUGCAAGCAACGCAUCCUUAUCUAGCUAUUUCUCCUGGCUGGUGUGUUUGUUGUAAUGCUAAUGGAGAGAGUGUUGAACAUUUGUUUAUGGAAUGUAGUCUCUCUUUUAGUUUGUGGUUGAAUAUUCAAGGAAUAUAAUUAUCAUGGGUCUUACUUUAUGCCUUCCCUCAAAUGAUUGUCAGUAAGCCAGUUGAGAAUAAACACCUGGUAAGAUUAUGGAGGACACCGGUGAUGGCUACUGUCUGAGCAAUUUCGAUGGAAAGAAAUAACAAUAUUUUUGAAGGAAAGGAGAACUUUGCAGAGGACAUUUGGGGAAAAAUCAUGUUUUGGACAGCAUCAUGGGCCUCGAAGGAAUUCUUUUUCGUAGAUAUAUGUAGAGAUUGGAAAACUCUGUUGUAGGCUUGAUUUUUGUUUGCUUUGUUUUGGUUGCUGUUGGUUUUAGUGUAGUUUGUGCUAAAACACGUGUAACCACGGUUUUCCUCUGCCACAAUGGAGCAGCGAAAACAGCCACACUUACGGGGUUUGCCUACAGCUGUGGUACAGUAUAAUGAAUGGCAAGGUGGGGCUUUAAUUGCUGUUAGCUAUGAGGCCCGUACAUAUGGUGUGAAACGUUCAAUGCGAGGUCAUGAAGCAAAACAAGUAUGCCCAGAAAUUGAGCUGGUUCAAGUCCCAGUAGCACGUGGUAAAGCUGACUUGAAUACGUACCGCAAUGCUGGUUCAGAGGUGGUUUCUAUUCUUGCAAGGACAGGUCGAUGUGAGAGGGCUUCAAUCGAUGAAGUGUAUCUUGAUCUGACUGAUGCAGCAGAAAAAAUGUUAGCAGAAGCUCCUCCAGAACAUUUUGAACUUGUUGAUGAAGAAACUCUUAAGUCGCAUAUUCUGGGGCUUACUAAUGAGAGAGAAAUUGAUGACAAGGAAAACGUAAGAGAGUGGCUGUGCAGGAAAGAUGCUGAUCGUCGUGAUAAACUAUUAGCUUGUGGGGCUAUCAUUGUUGCCGAGCUUAGAAUGAAUGUUUUGAAGGAGACAGAAUUUACUUGUUCGGCUGGCAUUGCUCAUAAUAAGAUCUUGGCCAAGCUAGCAAGUGGUAUGAACAAACCUGCACAGCAAACUGUUGUGUCCUUAUCAUCUGUGAAAGGAUUGCUUGAUUCGUUGCCAAUAAAGAAAAUGAAACAGCUUGGAGGUAAGCUAGGGAGUUCCUUACAAAGUGAUCUGGGUGUAAAAACAGUCGGAGAUUUGUUGCAGUUUCCCGAGGAAAAGCUGCAAGAACUUUAUGGCGUAAACACUGGUACUUGGUUAUGGAAUAUUGCAAGAGGAGUCAGUGGAGAAGAAGUUCAAGGACGCCUUCUUCCUAAGAGCCACGGAUCGGGGAAGUCAUUUCCUGGACCUCGAGCUCUAAAGACAUUUGCUUCGGUUGAACAUUGGCUUAAUGAAUUAUGCGAAGAGUUGAAUGAACGGAUUUGCUCUGACUUGAACCAAAACAGAAGAAUUGCACGCACACUGACCCUGCAUGCUACAGCUUAUAAGUCCAGUGAUUCGGAUGCAUUAAAGAAUUUUCCUUCCAAGUCUUGUCCUCUAAGGUAUGGAGCUGCUAAGAUGCAAGAUGAUGCCAUGAACCUUUUCCAAGCUGGACUACGUGAAUAUUUGGGAUGUUACAGCACCAGAGUGCUUGGAACUCAAAACAAUGGUUGGAGAAUAACUGGACUUUCUGUGUCAGCUAGUAAAAUUGUUGAAAUACCUUCUGGAACAUCUUCAAUCAUGAAAUACUUCCAUGGUGAAAGUCCAUCCUCCAUGUUGUCAAAACAAUCACAUGAUGGUUUUGUUGAAGAUGCUGAUCAACCGUCACAUUCAGGUACUGAAAGCAGUUCAGAAAUUAAUUUAAUUCAGCAGCAAAUAAAUUUUCCUGGUGAAGAUACCAUUACCAAGGGCAAGAUGCCUUGUCUAGAUCAACAAGACCACAAAAAGGACAUUCAGAAAGAACAGAUUCCAUGUCACUUGCCUUUAGAGCGUGGACAAGAUGAUGUCACCCAAGAAGCUUGUUUGUCCUCAGUAGGCACAGAAAGCUGUUCAGGCAUUAACCAAAGUGAGGAAAAUAAAGUUUUUCACGGGGAUGAACCUUCUGGUCAAUGCGGCGUGUCUAGUUUGAAUAGACCGGAGCAAAAGAGAAAGGCAUUGAAAGAAAAGCCGGGCACACAUUCAAUCUUGAGAUUCUUCAAGAAAAUUGAUCAGUCUUGCCCUACAGUGAAAGAACAUGACGAUGAUUUGCAAAAUGUUGAACUAGCAUCAACAGGAGUUGGGCUAACUGAAAGACCUUUAGAAGUCAGUGACACCAACAAUGGACAGUGUACUUUGACUCAAUUUGAACGCAGAGAAGCAUGGAGUUACAAGAUUGAUGAAAUUGACCCUUCUGUGGUUGAUGAGUUACCACCAGAAAUUCAGGAUGAAGUUCGAUCGUGGCUCCGUCCUCUAAAGCGAUCCAACAUAGCGAAACAAGGUUCUAGUAUUGCUCAUUAUUUCCUGCCAACAAGGAAAACUUGAAUUCAGCUACAGUGUAUCCUGUACAGGAGCGUUUUCAUCUCAAAAUGAGAAGCCCUUUUCAUACCUGGGAAUAUUCAUAUCCAGGGUGAAAAACCAGAAGUGAAAACAUACCUUCUGACUUUCUGAUGUCUGUACAUAUUCAUGUAGUUUACAGUGUUUUUCUGUUUUUUUUUAGUAGUAUCUGAUUUAUUUUUUAUUUUUGUUCAUAAUGCUCUAGUUGCAUCGGAGUUAACAAAUGAAUACCAAAUGUGUGUAAAGUUAAUUAGUGAAUUUUACUGGCUUAAUUAGAUUUAGGAGCAAUUUUUUGGUUCUUUUUUAUGAUAAAAAUUUCCAUUCAAACA